AUGGAUCCUGAAAAAACGUCCAUCUUUAAUGAUGAAGAUAAUAUCCUUUCCCAUUAUGAUGAAGAACAAGUUAUGAAUAUGGGGAGAAAUUUCGCCCUAAAGCAUGAUUUACCAAAUCCUGAAUUAUUUGCAAGAGCUGCUGCAUUAGCUAGAGAACCUAAAAACUAUAAUAGAAUGUCAUUUUUAUCAGAUGAAGAAAAAGAAGUUGUUCAUAAUGAAAUUCAUCAUCCUUGGAGAAUCCCAAGAAAAUUGUAUCAAGUUAUUUUUUCAAUUUCUUUAGCUGCUGCUACUCAAGGUGCUGAUGAAACUGUUAUUAGUGGUGCAAUGCUUUUCUAUCCAAUGGCUUUAGGUAUUGGCCAAGAUACUUCAAGAGAUGAAUGGUUACAAGGUUUAGUCAAUGCUGCUCCUUAUCUAUUUUGUGCUUUUGUUUCAACUUUAUUUACAGAUCCUGCAAAUAAAAGAUUUGGUCGUAAAAAAGUUAUAUUUUGGUCAUGUUUUGUUUCUGCUCUAACAUGUUUUUGGCAAGGUUUUGUAAAUACUUGGUAUCAUUUAUUUAUUGCAAGAGCUUGUCUUGGUGCUUUUGGUAUUGGUCCAAAAUCUGCAACUGUUCCUGUUUAUGCUGGUGAAACUGCUCCUGCUCCAAUCCGUGGUGCUUUGUCAAUGCUUUGGCAAUUCUUUACAGCUGUUGGAAUUGCAUUAGGUUAUGUUUUUUCAAUUGCUUUUUAUUAUGUACCUGAUCAUGGUAUUGCCCUAGGUUUAAAUUGGAGAUUAAUGUUGGGAUCCGCAAUGAUUCCUGCAUUUUUAGCCUUAUUUCAAAUCCCUUUUAUACCUGAAUCUCCAAGAUGGUUGAUGGGUAAAGGUCGUUAUAAUGAUGCAUAUGAUUCUUUAAAAUCUAUUAGAAAUCAUGAAAUUUGUGCUGCAAGAGAUUGUUUUUAUCAAUAUGUUUUAUUACAAGAAGAGGCUGGUUUAAAUACUCCAACAAUGGUUAAAAUUAAAGAAUUAUUUACAGUUAGAAGAAAUAGAAAUGCAUUGGUUGCUUCUUUUAUUGUCACUUUUAUGCAACAAUUUUGUGGUAUUAAUAUCAUUGCUUAUUAUUCUUCCACUAUUUUCGUUGAAGCUAACUAUACUGAAAUUGAAGGUUUAGGUGCUUCUUUAGGUUAUGGUUGGUUGGGUGUGAUCUUUGCAAUUCCUGCUUUUUUCUCAAUUGAUAAAGCUGGUAGACGAUUUUUAUUAUUGUUAACUUUCCCAUUCAUGGCUGCCUUUUUAUUCAUGACUGGAUUUUCAUUUUAUAUUCCAAUGGAGCAUAAAGCUGGUCAUGUUGGUGCAAUCACUUUAGGUUUAUACUUGUUUACAUGUUUUUAUGCUUUUGGUUCAGGUGUUGUUACUUUUCCUUAUGUUGCUGAAUGUUUCCCACUUUAUGUUAGAACUUUGGGAUCUUCUUUAAUGAUUGGUAACUUAUGGUUUUGGAAUUUUAUUAUUGCAAUUACAUGGCCUUCAAUGAUUUCUGCAUUUACUCCAACUGGUGGGUUUUGCUUUUAUGCUGCUUGGAAUGUUGUUGGAUUUUUCCUAGUUUUAUGGUUUUUACCAGAAACAAAAGGUCUUACAUUGGAAGAAUUGGAUGAAAUCUUUGAUGUACCAAUUUGGGUUCAUGCUAAAUAUCAAACUAGAGAAUUUUGGGAUGAUUUCCAAAGAAAUUUCCUUAGAAGAAAUGUUCCAAAACAACCUCCAUUAUAUAGCCAUCAAAAAAUGGCUGUCACUAAUGAGUUUUGGAAUGAUAAACCAGAAACUGAACAAGUUGAAUAG